CUCGGCUUCAGGCACGGACCAACGUCAUCCCAAAAAGAGAGGCGAGACGAACAGAGGAUGCCACGAGGCUUUUUGUUUAUCGCUUCAAUCCACUCUUUUUCCAAUUGCGACUCUAGUUACUGCCAUCACUCGUACAUACGUGCACCUCCCCUUCCCCUGCGCCAUCUAGACUGCGACUGCCAGCACGAAAAGUUGACUCGGUACGAGGCCUGCGAGUUCAACACCAGUCGCUACUGCCCACAAUUUCAACCUCACCUCGCUGGGCUCCUGCCAACUCAACCUCACACCCUCUCUGUUGUCCCCUCUCCCAUUUGACUCUCUCGCGCUCUCUCUUCAUUCUCCAUGUACGUGUCGUCAAUAUCAGCAUCAGCAGCAGCAUCAUCUUCACGUCCGCAUCGACAAUCUCGUCUAUAUUUUUGACUGCAUUUGCCUGUCAUCUCGCUUCCAGGCCUCGGCGCUUGUCCAUCUCAGACGUCAUCCACAGGUCUUCGACUUUGGUCACCCACGACGCCAGUUCUACACUCUUUGGGCUCACGUCGACGGGGUUCAGACGACGACAUCUUGAAAAUAUAUUCCUUGCACUACACACGUCUUGAGUGUCUGACACACCGUCGUAUUGUCCCCAGCCCACAGAUGGCUCCCCGAUCUCCAACCCACGCCUUCGAUCCUACCCCAGCCCUCGAGCAUGAUCCAGACAAUUUUUCUCCUCUCAACCACCCUCGGACAAACAGCUCGUCUCAUGAUCCCAGGGCCGUUCGUUUCUCAGACCCUCCCUCGAUGCCGAUUCAAGGCCGUCACUCGAUAGCCACUACACAUGUGCCUCUCCUUGACCCGAUAUCUUCGGCCAGCCAACUACCAAAGCAUGGGUUUCAGAUGACGAAUCCCACGCCUGAAGUGGACAUCACGGCCUACAUGGAGCAAUGCCGGUUGUGGAACACGCAGCUAAGACAGUCUCACGAAAGCGAGCGGAAAGCCUGGGACAUUGAACGGACUGCGCUCAAGGCUCGUAUCGGCGAGUUGGAGCAGAAACUCAACAAGAGCAGAGACCCUAAGAGGAGAUCAAGCAACGACUCGUCUGCCCCGAGUUUUCACUCUUUCAGAUCAGACUUUCAGCCGUUUGGAGUUAAUGGCAAACACCGCUCUCGUAUCUCUCCCGAACCAACCAUUGCUGAACCGCCGGUCUGGAAAGGCCCCGAAUCCACUCCUCCUGUAACCAGAGUCUUUGCCAGUGAGGAUGAAGUGUGUCACCUGCCAAGCAUUUCCGAGGAUGAGGCCAUGCCCGCUCUCUCCAAGGAGGUCUCGCCCACUUCUGGCGGCCAAGAGAAUAUCCCGAUUCCCAUUGAACAGGUGGACAACACGCUGGAUGGAAUUACCCUCAAAUCGGCCGCCUUGACCUCCUCGUUCGACAAGGAGAUUACCAGUCCGCAGUUCGCUAGUCCCGCGCUGUCACCUGUACCACACACCACCAAAGACGAGGCUCUGAGACUCGACGUCAACUCUCUCAUUUCACCGCUGGAUGAAAAGUUAAAACGGCAUGCUGGUCACACCCCGAUGGCGUUCGAUGGCACUCUAUCCUCGGACGUCGCGAGUAGCGCAUUGACUCCAAAGCAAGAAGAACCUGCUGCUCCCGCCCCCACCACCCGUCCACCCCUCCGUCCUUCGGAACACUCUGACUCUUACUUUUCGUUCUCUUCCGCCCCCGAGGAAAAGGAAAAGGAGAAGCAAGUGAUAGAAGAGGAGCCGGAGCAGGAGCCAAUUCACGAGACACAUCAUGAUCCCGCUCUGAAAGGACCGCUCAUGCUUGAUCCCAACGCCAAGACCGUCGAAUCCGUUGCAUUCUUGAACAUCCUCGAUGGUAAGCUCAUUGAAGAGAAAGAACACCAGGACAAGGUCGAGUCCAGUUUAUCCGGCAACAACGACGAACAGAAAGCGAGCGAGCAACAAGGGGAGUCGUCUGCUAACGACGAUGACAUGCCAAGGUUGAGAAUGAGAAACAGCAUUAACUUUGGCAGUGCAUGGGGUCGCAUAUAGUCGUCACCCAAGGGGCCAAGGGUCAACUAUUCUGUAUUCUUAGCGAUCAUUGGGCAGGAGUUCCAAUCACCCUCUUAGCAAUGUGUUGGGAAGCAUGGCGGAGCGGGUUGGGUGGCUGGACACCCCAGCUUCCCUCAGAUUGAUGCGGAAAUCACUGGGGCAUUCAUAAAAGCGGUCUGAACGGCACAUCUUUUGCGUAAAAUCGAGGAGCCGAUGCCUUCAGACUCUGCUGGAUCGGUGGGGUCAAUCCAGCGUCGUCAACAGACACUGCGAACCCGUUGAAGCUUGAGAGGUUACAUUGAUCUCUCAUUUGCCUGGGCAUGUAUACCCUGAUGAGGAUAGUUACAUGGCAGAAUUGUAUUCAUUCCGAGUCUUACUCGACAAUCCUUUACCCAACUUGUUCCUGGAGCAUGGUUGAGUCAACCUUGUCUUAGUCAUCG